UAUCAAGGUCCAGAGAGCGCAACCGGCAUGGUUCUUUGGGAGGUUCCCUUUCUUAGUGGAUUCGAAUUGGACCCUGUUGGCAUAGGUUUAAAUGGGUCUUUUAAACUGGUGGAGAUAAAAGAUGAGAAAGUGUUCCUGUACUUUGACUCUAUGAACAGAAAUGAGAUUUGUGUAGUUGUUCCCAUGGUUCGUACAUCAUUGGUAGCAGGUUCCCAAGCAGCAGCAAUCAAAAUCUAUGAUUAUUAUAAUCCAGGAAUCUAUACAAUGAGAACGUAUAAUUCAGAGAAACUGAAUAAAGUCACAGUUUGUGCAUUUUGUGAACUGAAUUGCAAUGCUUGUAUAUCCAAUGUAAUGAUGCCUAUGACUAGCAGUACCACUAUACCACCUAAAAACAGCCUCAGUACAACAACUGCAAAGCCUUUAGUUAGUAGCGCUACUGCAUCAACUCUUGCCAUGCUUGGGUUCUGUGUGAGCUGCAUGUGGAAUCUUCUCUGGAAAUUAUAUUUAGCUUACAUUUUUGCUUAAAAUAUUAAUUUUAUUCUUGCUCAAUGUUCAGCGUUUUGAUAUUAAAUUUAUUCUUCUAAUGAUCUGAAUUACAGUUAAAAGUAGUCUACUAAUACGUCAAGAGCUUUAUAUCAGCUAAUAAAAGAGCAAUAUAUUUCACAUUUUAUUGCAAUAAAUCAUUAUAAUUAAA